CCGAAAACAAGCUGUUUAUGACUCCUGCUGAUUUCAAACAGGUCAAGGAGGGAAGAUGGAGGUUUUCCAGGUUCUUACUCUAACUCUGUUGCUUGUUGCUGGAGGCAGCACCCAGGUUAUAAAGUCUGGAAGAUGUCCCAAUCCUGCAGUCCAGGCCAACUUUGAUGCUUCCAGGUAUCUUGGUAAAUGGUAUGAGAUCCAGAAGCUGCCAACAAACUUCCAGAAAGGUCAAUGUGCUACUGCCACAUAUACCCUGAAAAGUCCAGGAGUCAUCAGUGUUCUCAACAGUGAGCUGCUUGAUGAUGGAACCAUCAACUCUGUUGUUGGCUCUGCCAAAGUUAAGGACCCUGCUGAGCCAGCCAAGCUAGAGGUCUCCUUCUUUGAAGGUACUCCUCCUGGUCCAUACUGGGUCCUGUCCACAAACUACGAUAGCUACACUCUGGUCUACGGCUGUACGGACUAUGGCCUGUUCCACAUGGAGCUGUCCUGGAUCCUCAGCAGGGAGCCCACCUUGCCUAAAGAGACCACGGAGCAGCUGCUCAGCAUCUUAUCUUCUAUCGGUGUCAACGUGAACAAAAUGGUCCCCACCAAUCAGGAGGAGAGCUACUGCAGCGCCAUGAAGCAGUGAGCAGAGAUGCUCCUGACAGAUGGGUAGUGCUUGAAUUAAACAGCACUGCUGUGUACAGGGUCUCAUUGUUUCUAUGAAGUGCAAAGUCAUAGCUGUCAUCAUGUAUAAAAGUAUCUUG